GGAACCAAAACCCCACAGGCCUUUGGAACCCUAGUUGAGGUUCUGCUUCUUCAAGUCUCGCCCACCAAGCCAUUGCGCUACUCUCGUUUGUGAGAUUUCGAAAAAUGGAAGAAGGAAAAAGGAAGCCGGCGGCGGAUACAUCACUACCGACGCCACCGGCGGACGAUGGAGACGAGGAAGCGAUCGUAGGGCCUGGUCCCGCCCCGCGCUCUCGCCCCAAGCGGCCUCUCCACUUUGAGCAAACCUUUCUCGACUCACUUCCCAGCGCCCACAUGUAUGAGAAGAGUUAUAUGCACAGGGACGUGGUCACUCAUGUGGCCGUCUCAUCUGCCGACUUCUUCAUCACUGGAAGCAGUGAUGGGCACUUAAAGUUCUGGAAGAAAAAACCGGUGGGAAUUGAGUUUGCUAAACAUUUCAGAUCUCACCAAGGUCCAAUAGAAGGCUUGGCUGUUAGUGUUGAUGGCUUACUCUGUUGUACAAUAUCCAAUGAUCCAUUCAUAAAGAUUUAUGAUGUUGUUAACUAUGAUAUGAUGUUUAUGAUGCGCCUCCCAUAUGUGCCUGGUGCAGUCGAAUGGGUAUAUCGGCAGGGUGAUGUGAAGGCCAAGCUGGCAAUUAGUGAUCAUAAUUCUGCUUUUGUUGGAAUAUAUGAUGUGCGUGAAGGUUCAAAUGAACCUAUCAUCUCAAAAGAGAUUCAUAUGGGACCCAUAAAAGUUAUGAAGUACAAUCAUGUGAAUGAUAUUGUCAUAUCAAGCGACGCUAAAGGGAUUAUUGAAUACUGGUGUUCUGAUAAGCUUCAAUUUCCUGAAAUUGGUGUAAGUUUUAAGUUUAAAACUGACACAAAUCUGUUUGAGAUUGCAAAGUGCAAGACAACAGUUUCUGCCAUCGAGGUAAGCCGAGAUGGCAGUCAGUUUUCCGUAACAUCUCCAGAUCGCAGGAUUCGUGUAUUUUGGUUCAAAACUGGUAAACUAAGGCGUGUGUAUGAUGAAUCUCUCGAGGUGGCACAAGAUCUACAGCGGAGUGAUGCUCCUUUGUAUCGCCUUGAGGCUAUUGAUUUUGGGCGAAGAAUGGCCGUUGAGAAGGAAAUAGAGAAGACCGAAAAUGUUCCACAGCCAAAUGCAAUUUUUGAUGAGAGCUGUAACUUUAUUAUUUAUGCAACUCUUCUUGGCAUAAAAAUUGUUAAUUUACAUACAAAUAAAGUCGCACGGAUACUUGGAAAAGUGGAGAACAAUGAUAGAUUUUUAAGAAUUGCUAUACAUCAAGGUGACAAGAGUAGUAAGAAGGUAAGAAAGAUUCCUGCAACAGUGGCAAAUGUCAACGAGAGUAAAGAGCCCUUGACAGAUCCUACACUUCUUUGCUGUGCUUUUAAGAAACAUAGAAUUUACUUGUUCAGCCGAAGGGAACCUGAAGAACCUGAAGAUGCUACAAAGGGAAGAGAUGUGUUUAAUGAGAAGCCCCCACCUGAAGAACUUUUGGCAGUAUCUGAGUUAGGAAAAGCAGUCACAACAUCCCUUCCAGAUAAUGUGGUGCUACACACAUCGCUGGGUGACGUUCACUUGAGAUUAUAUCCAGAAGAGUGCCCAAAGACUGUGGAAAACUUCACAACACAUUGUCGAAAUGGUUAUUAUGAUAAUCUCAUCUUCCACCGUGUAAUUAAAGGAUUUAUGAUACAAACAGGAGAUCCAUUGGGUGAUGGCACUGGUGGACAAUCUAUAUGGGGAAGGGAAUUUGAGGAUGAGUUUCACAAAAGGGGCCCUACUAUCAAGAACACCAUACGAGGAACUUAGAGGAAGAUGCCAUUCUUUAGUAAAUGCAGAGGCUGAAAUAAGCAAAUUCAACAUCAGAAAUUGAAAUCCAAGCAAAUUCUUGAAGAUUCGUGGAAACACAAAAAGUUAAUUUUCAAUGAUUAUUCUAGAUCCAGAAAAAACAGAACACUCAGUAGAGAAUGAGACCUCAAAAUCCAAGAGACUCUCACUGAGCUGUAAUCUGUAGAGACAAGAAUCAAAACAGGAAAUCCGAACAGAAAUAGGCAAAUCUGAAAUUCAAUCCAGGAAGCUGCUGCAGGAUUGAAUCUUAGAAAAUCUGCACUGGUGCCAUAAGCAAAUUUGGAAAAUCUCCAGCAAAAACCUAAUCUGGAUUAGAGAAAUGUGAAAUAAUUUCACUGCAGGAAUAAAUCUUCUACUGGAACACUAGGAGAGAACAUGCAGAAAUAAAUUUGUUGUUAAGAAGGUCAUGGAAAGGCACCGGAUUUUUGUUGUUAAGAAGAAGGCCAAGGAAAGGCACUGGAUUUGAUCAGUGGAAGAUGAGAUCUGAUUAUUCACUGGAAGGAACAAUCUACUGCAUGGAAAAAAUCUGCUAUUAAGAACAAACUGCAGCAGAUAUGUUCUUUGAGUAACUUCAAGCACAUGCCCAUUUGGUGACCUACUCCACUUUUGAACUAAAAAAAAAAAGGGCAGCCCAGUGCACGAAGCUCCCGCCAUGCGGGGUCCUGGGGAAGGAUCCAUUGUACACAGCCUUACCCUGCUUUUUGCAAGAGGCUGUUUCCAGGAUUCGAACCCGUGACCUUUUGGUCACAUGACAACAACUUUACCUACUCCACUUUUGAACUAUUUUAGAAAAAUUAGAAUUCACAGCAUCCAUAUGGUUUAUCCCUUAUCGAAGGGAUCAUAAUCCCAAAGCACGUAAUAUAAGAAGUAAACUACACAUGGUAAGAAAGCUGGGUAUAUGACUUCUUUAGAAAAUCAGGAGUCAUGGACAUCAAUGGUUUGGAAGAGCUAUGUACAACUAAGCAUGCAUUCACAGUAUAAUUGUUAGCGAACUGGAGGCUCCCCACCAUAGACAGGAUUGGACUUUAUGGAAGACAAGAGGUGCACAUUCUGUAGAGCAGCAAGGAGGCACAAGAGCAUCUAUUCUUUAGAUGCCGGCCUAUUGCUGAGCUAUGGAGGAGGAUCAUGAUGUGGCUGCACAUGCACCAAUAUAUGUCCACUUACCAGAGGAUGCCCAGGGUUUUCAAGCAGCACUACGAGGGACCAUGUAUGGAUGGAAGGAACUGAAGCAUGUUUGAGGAGGUGAGGAUUGAUGUAGAGGGGAUUUUUAGAAAAGUGCAAGUACA